AGGUUGCAAAAUGUGUAUUCCCCUGCCUCUGAGUCUGGUGGACUGCAGAGUGAGCCUUAUUUCUCAUCUAAUACAGUAUAAUAUCAUUGUCAUUAAACCAGAUGUGGGCUCAUGCACGACUAGGGCGAGCUGGCUGGCUGGUCCCUGGCGGGGGUGGCUGACAGUUCCAAUCUGCACAUACCCAGGGCCCCAGACCAGCCUGAAUGUCACAAACAGGUGGUGAGCAAACUGCCCUGGGUGAGCUGUCUUUGAGGGAUGCCAGUGUCCUUGACUUUGUGGUCUAAUGGGGGUGAGGGUGACCCCAGUCCUUGCAGCCUAGCUGGGAAGAGGUGCCCACAGCGCUUGGGUGGUGGUCUCUACAUGCAAUGAGGAGAGCCUGUUGGGGGGCUGCACACUGCACAGGAGCUCUCAGGCAGGGUAGGCACUGCUGCCACCUCCACCUGACAUGACCGAAGUCAGCAGCAGGGGCAUUGCCCACCCAGCAUCCGCACUUGGGCAAGGUUGAAGGGUGGGGUGGGGUGGGGCAUGGUCUGUCAGGCGUCCUUUGAUUAUUGAAUGUAGCUUUUUCAUAAAGGGGAAAGGGGAGUUAAGGGUGAGGCAGAGGCCAGUGCAGCUCAGGGCAGAGACCAGCAGACCUUGCAGCUGCCCAUGACUGGUGGAGCACCACAGACCGUUCCCUUCAGGUGACAACAAAGCAGACCAAGUCCCAAGACCAGCCCUCAUGAAGCUUCUGUUGGAUGUGAGAGGAAAGUGUGUGUUGUGACAGAGGUAGGAGGCUUUAGGAAAGGACAGUUUUGAAUCCAGGGCCUGUUACAAACCUGAUGUUUGAGCAAGGGCUCAAAGACGAGCAGGAGACACCUGGGCAGAGGACUUUCCAGCCUAUGCAAAGGUCCUGGGCAGGAAGGUUCCUGCUGUGUUGGAGGAACAGCGAGGAGGCCCUUGUGGCUGGAGCAGAGUGAGCAGGUGAGGGGAGGAAGGGAGGAGGUGAGGGAAGAGAGGGGCCCGGGCCUCGUGGGUGGGCUGUGGGAACGACCUGGGUCUCUACCCUGAGGGAGGUGGGAGCCCGUGUCCUGAGUUGAAAAGGAAAAAGAUUGCUAUGUGGAGACCUGACCACUGGUGUAUGGGUGCACAGAGGCCACCGGGGAGGCUCUGCCAGGCCGGUGAUGACAUGACUGGCCAGGACCCGGUGGAAAUGGUGAAAAGAGGGUAGGUUCUGCAUUUUGUUAACUUUUUAAUUGUAAAAUAUGCAUAACUUACUGUUUACCUUCUUAAAUUGAACAUUUCAGUGGCAUUUGGUGCAUUCACAAUUUUGUGCAAACAGCACCUCUAAUUCCAGAACAUUUUGUCACCCCAAAAAGGAAACAUCUUCGUUAGCAGUCACCUUCGGCCUCUGGCAACCAUGAGCCCACUUUCUGUCUCUGGAUGUACCUGUUCUGGACAUUUCACAUAAAUGGAAUCACACAGUGUUUUUGUGUCUGGCUUCUCUCACUGAGCAUCAUGUUUUUAAGGUCCACCCGCAUUGUAGCAAGUGCCAGUGCUUCGACUCCUUUUCAUGGCUGAGUAAUAUUCCAGCAAAGUGGAUGGGUGACAUUUUAUUUAGUCAGUGGGCAUUUAGGUUUUUUCCACUUCCUGGUGGUUGUGUGUCAUGCUGCUGUGAACAUUCGUUUGCAGGUUUUUGCUCUGAUGUAUUUUGGAAACAUGAAGGACUAGAAGGGGGUUCGGUGAGAAAGGAAGGAUUGGGGACUGGCCAUCCUGGCCUAAGCUUCAGAAGCUCCCUUUGAGUCAGAGACCCCCAUGUAGAGAUAUGGGGCAGGGGGCAGAACACUGAGCCCCAAGCCAGCUACGUAUGGCCCCACUUCCUUCUUUCAGCCCUUUAGCUGGGGUGGGAGGGAGUGACCUGGAUGGGAACCAAGGCCACCAGUAGCAUUGCCAGGACACAGAGGAUGGCCUUUGUUGCUGUCAACAAUGGCUUCACAAGCCCAGGCAGGAGCACCCAGGAACCCAGAAACAGACAUGCAGACCCUGAGGCAGGGGCCUACCCAGCCCUAUGUCCCCCAAGGGACUCUUGAAGUGGACUUCCCGGCACCUCUCUACAGUGAUGACUACCUGUCCCUGGAGGGCCCCCGCUGGGCACCAGCAAUCAAGCAGGCAGUGCGCUGGAAGUACACACCCAUGGGACGUGACUCGGCUGGCCAGCCAUGGUACACUGGCCUAAUCAACUCAGACUUCCGUGAAGCCUGGUACACGCUCCCGAGGGCCCUGGACAGCCCCUACCGGGAGGCUUAUGCCCACUGGUAUGGAUGCUACAGCCACCGGAAGCACAGCAUGCCUUCAGCCCAAACCCAGUGCCUCCAGGAGACCGCCUGGUAUGACCCCAUCAUGCCUGCCCAGUACAAGGCUCCCAGCACACGGUGGGGGACCAUGCUGUGGAAAGACAGGCCCAUCUGGGGCAAGGAAUAUGUGGUCAAUAGGCACCAAUAUGGGGUAGAACCGCUGGGGCAGGAGUCAGACUACGUACCCUACCUGUCAGCACUGCAGCGUCCGCGCUACACAGCCCAGAACUACCGGCAGUGGGACCUGGAACCCUACUGCCCAUCCACUGGCCAGCAGUCCCCACCCAUCUAUAUGCCCACUGCCUGAUAAAGACCGUCCCUCUGUGGGGACGGUGUGCCACUCCUCAGGUGUCUGUUCACAUCUGGGGACUGGGGUACUGAUAGGUCAGGCAAGGGAGUUAUAGCCAAGAUCCCAGUGACUAGAGCAGAGGCCAGGACAAGGGCCCCUGCUGCCCUCCCCAACCCCGGCCCAGGAAGACAGCUGAGGCCAGUCCUUACCGUGAGUGGCUCUUUAUUCACUGUCAGCAGUGCCCUGGAGACCCCCAGCUGGGCCAAUGGUGAGGUGGAGCUGGAGCUGAGCUCAGGGCAGCCCCUGGACCCUAGGACCUUCACAUCCUGCCCCCAUGCAACAUAGCGAAGGCACCCCAAGUCACGUAUUAGAGUUAGGCUUAGGCACCCCCAAACCAUGAAGACCCAUGGGCCCCUGGAUACCAGAGGGCCUAACUAUGUGUCUCGCCCAGCGGAGAUGAGCUGAUGGGGUCCAGCCCA